AGUUGCUUCGGAAUUACGGACUUGUCGCGCAAUGGCUUGCGCAAAUCGCUCGCAAUAUACACAAUUGGGCCGAAACUUGGGAAUAAUCUGGCUGCGCGCCGCAUAAUCACUCCGCUUUUAUUAAACUGCAGUCAAUUUUUCGACGUCGCGCUGCCAUUCGGAUUCGAGUUGGCACCGCCUCAGCAAAUCGAAUAUCGAUCGAAAACUGCGGCAAGUUUUACGUCAAACGAGCGCAGCCGUAGGCAACCCGCCCGAUUGCGUAACCGACAACCGUUCUCCGCUUCGACGGAGCGCGGUUGGCGACACUGCAUCCCUCGAUAACCUCCGACCUUAUGAUUGGCCUUCGAACCUGGAAGCGGCACGCGAUUGGUCGGACAACCCACUAUUUCCACGGUCGCGUGCCCGACUGUGGUCUCCCACUAAACAAUCGUAAUGUCGUUGACGACGUUCGCCUAUCAGUCGCCGUUCAAAAUUCGAAGUGCGUUGUCGGUCGCAACAACAGGUUGCGUUUUGAUCGCGAUUUCAAGGCGACGAUGGCUUGCACGAGUCCCAAGAGAGUGUGCAUCGUGGGGAGCGGAAAUUGGGGUUCCGCUAUAGCGAAGAUCGUGGGCUCGAAUGCGGCCCGCCUAGCAACUUUCGACGACCGGGUGACGAUGUACGUCUAUGAGGAGCUCAUCAACGGCAAAAAAUUGACCGAAAUCAUCAACGAGACCCAGGAGAACGUGAAAUAUUUGCCGGGGCACAAGCUGCCGUCCAACGUGGUGGCCGUGCCGGACGUGUUGGACGCGGCUAGAGACGCGGACAUCCUUAUAUUCGUGGUGCCGCACCAGUUUAUCAGGACCCUGUGCUCGACGUUGCUCGGCAAAAUUAAACCCACAGCGAUAGCCUUAUCGUUAAUCAAGGGUUUCGAUCGUGCCGAGGGCGGCGGCAUCGACCUCAUCUCGCAUAUCAUCACCCGCCUCUUAAAAAUACCAUGCUCGGUGCUGAUGGGCGCGAACCUCGCCGGCGAAGUGGCCGACGAGAAGUUUUGCGAGACGACCAUCGGUUGCAAGGACGCCACUGUCGGCCCGGUGCUCCGCGACCUCAUCCAGACCACCUACUUCAGGGUGGUCGUCGUCGACGAUGAGGACACGGUCGAAGUAUGCGGCGCCCUCAAGAAUAUCGUCGCGUGCGGUGCCGGUUUCGUCGACGGCUUGGACCUGGGGGACAACACGAAAGCGGCGGUGAUCCGUCUCGGUCUCAUGGAAAUGGUGAAAUUCGUCGACGUUUUCUAUCCGGGCGGUAAACUGUCGACGUUCUUCGAAAGUUGCGGCGUAGCCGACCUGAUCACCACGUGUUACGGCGGUCGUAACCGUAAGGUGAGCGAGGCGUUCGUUCGCACCGGAAAGUCGAUAAAGGAGCUCGAAGACGAGAUGCUCAACGGGCAGAAACUGCAGGGUCCUUACACCGCGGAAGAGGUGAACUACAUGCUCAAGAACAAGGGCAUGGAGGAUAAGUUUCCCCUGUUCACUGCUAUACACAGGAUUUGUAUGGGUCAGCUGACCGCCCAAGACUUCAUCGACUGCAUAAGAAACCACCCGGAGCACAUGGAUUCUAAAAUCGACUGUGUCGUUGUUCCGCAUCAAGCGUGCAAACUUUAAAAAAAAUAUAUGUCACGUCCCCGCCAUAACUAAUAAUCGCAUUUUGAGGUUGUGCUUUUCCCCCAACCCAGACGUGGUUCAUUUUUUUUUCGUACUUAUAUAACACGCAUCCGAAAGAGGGAGACUUCGUCGCUGAAUAAACAGAUUCACAACUGGCUGCGUUCAUUUCAUUUUCGUCUCGUUCGGACCGCAGAGCAAACACCAUGCAGAUGCGAACGUACUAGAUUUUAUAACGCUAUUUCAAUACCACUUUAGAUGCAAGAUGCAUUAUUCAGUGUACCACAUUUUUGCAAAGAUACACCAGUGGCGCGCAUACGGAAUUUCACCUGUCUAUUGUGGCGGACGUUGAUGGUACGCCACUGAUUUCUCUUGAAAUAAAAAUUAUCCUUAUGAUCUCCAUUCGUUUCGAACAAAAAUAUUUUUUUUUGUUCUUAGUCGUUAAUUAGGCUUAUAGACGUUGACGGCUUUCCAAUCAACAUGGUAGCUAAUAGUCAGAAAAGAGAUUCGUGGAGUGGUAAAAUCAGUCGAUGACUACAAGCACCUUGGAGUAACCUUCAGUAAUUCGGAUUCAAGUGAAGGUCAAAUUAAAAAAAAAAAAAACGUAUUGUACAAGGAAAAAUUACAACGAAACAUUUACUGUCGAAUAAACAGAUAAGGUCCAACACCAAGAGCGAAGGAAUAGAAAACUUGAUUGAGGUUAAGAAAUGACAGAGUAGAUGUUAAGAAAAUAUGGAGUAGAAAAUGUGGCCCUUAAAGGGCACGAAAGAACCUACGAGGUGUGUUGAAAGAAUAAGGUGACUUUUGAGUUUUAUCUAAAAGUAUUUAUUUAUUCAUUAAAAUUAAUGUUGUCCCUUUCAAACUGUGGACAUUACGUUAGGCAUAUGUGUACAUAACAAAAAAAAAAUCAAAGAUCGAAUUACAAUUACAAAAGUCGCCUUACUUUUUGAACACAUAUCGAACGGCUCCAUAUUUGUAGUUGUAAAAUGCUUACUGGGUGCUUUAGGCUUUACAAGGGCAACAGUGUUACAAUAAGGUUUUUAAGAACGCUGUAAAAACUGAUGUAAUCAACCCCAUAGGUUUUUUGGAUUUUUGCAUGCUAUACUAUAAAUAUUAAACGAUUUUGGUAUUUAUUAGACAUCCUACAAAAACUUGCUUAUUGAACUGCAUAAAAAAAUUCUUUCAUUCAUAACGUGCAGAUUGGGCAACAAAGUAGGGAGAAGUCUAAUUGUCGCAUCUGUGCGGUGUUGAUUCUGUGGUCCGAGUCGCCUAAGCUAAUGGCGUUUUGUGUU